AGAACACCGAGCACGAACAACAUCAAGGGUUGCGUAACCAAAAAUCAUGGCAUGCAGAGGCAAAACAAUCAUUUGUCUUCUUCGAAAUGAUUUACGAAUUCAUGACAAUGAGGUGCUCCAGUGGGCCAACAGAAAUGCUGAUUUUGUCCUGCCAAUGUACAUAUUUGACCCCCGUCAUUUUGGAGGUACCUACCACUUUGGGUUUCCGAAGACAGGACCACAUAGGACUAAGAUGUUGAUAGAGAGUGUGCAAGACCUCAGAAAGAAUCUAAAACUAAAGGGCAGUGGCCUUGCUGUGAGAAGAGGGAAACCAGAGGAGGAGCUUAAGAAAAUGAUUGACACUUUGGGUCAAAGUUCAGUUCAGGCCAUUGUGUUCCAUGAGGAGGUUACUCAAGAGGAAGUGGAUGUUGAAAAGUCUAUCAGGAAAUGUUGUGGUGUGAACAUUCAAACUUUCUGGGGUCAUACCCUGUAUCACAAAGACGAUCUCCCCUUCUCGCCUACUCAAACACCAGAUGUUUACACACAGUUCAGGAAGCGAGUGGAAGCGCAGGCACCUGUCAGGAAAUGUCUCGGCAUGCCAGAGUCUUUCAAGCCUUUACCACAAGGUGUAGAGGAGGGGGAUAUCCCCACAAAUAAAGACCUUGGGGUAGAAGAUUCACCUGCUGACCCCCGGUCAGUAGUGGACUUUCAUGGAGGAGAAUCUGUGGCCCUAGAUAGACUCCACCACUAUCUGUGGGACACUGAUGCUAUCGCCACCUACAAAGAGACUAGGAAUGGUAUGCUAGGGGCAGACUACUCUACAAAAUUCUCAGUUUGGCUUGCAUUUGGUUCUUUGUCUCCUCGUUAUAUUUUCUGGGAGGUGAAGCGGUAUGAGAAUGAGAGAACAGCCAAUCAAUCUACAUACUGGGUCCUGUUUGAACUCAUCUGGAGGGACUAUUUCAGAUAUGUAGCCGUGAAAUAUGGAAAUCAGAUCUUUUAUGAAGGAGGUAUCCAAAGUAAGAAUAUCAGAUGGAAACAGGACAAGCACCUGUUCAAUGCUUGGAAAGAGGGAAGAACUGGUGUGCCAUUUGUUGAUGCCAACAUGAGGGAGAUGGCAGCCACUGGUUUCAUGUCCAACAGAGGGAGGCAGAAUGUUGCCAGUUUUUUGACAAAAGACCUGAGAUUAGACUGGCGUUUGGGUGCAGAGUGGUUCGAGUCAAUGCUGAUUGACCAUGAUGUUUGCAGUAACUAUGGUAAUUGGUUAUACAGUGCUGGAAUCGGAAAUGACCCGAGAGAAGACAGGAAGUUUAACGUCGUCAAACAGGGUUUUGAUUAUGACAGUGAGGGUGAGUAUGUAAGGACAUGGGUACCUGAGUUAAAGAACAUCCAUGGAGGAUCAGUACAUAUUGUGUGGACACUGAGUAGGGGGACGCUAGAGAAGGCAGGGGUGACCUUGGGGGAGACGUACCCUAAUCCUGUCCAUGUAGCUCCAGAAUGGAGUCGCCAUUAUAACAAGGCUUCAGGAAGUGCAAAGUCUAGAGGAUCUCCACCAAAGCAACAGAAAGGCAUAGACUUUUAUUUUAAAGGACAGCACAAGAGCCCAAUGGCAGAAGAGUCUCUUUCAGAGAGACAGGAAUUUGAACUUCAGGCAUUACAGGCAAUAUUCACAGGUGAUGUGGUGGAUCUUAGAGAGAAGGAUGCUUGGAAGGUUGCCAGGCCUCCUGAAAUUCAGAUUACUAUAAAACCACAGGAGAGCAUAGGGCACCAAGAAGAAAACCAUGUACAAGUUGAUCUGCUUGUUAAAUGUCCUCCAAGAUAUCCAGAAGAGGUUCCUGAGUUCAGUUUCACGAAUGCCAAAGGUCUUUCAACAUCCCAGCUAUCCAAUCUCAAGUCAGAAAUAGAUGCCAUAGCUAAAGAAAACAAGGGAGAAGAAAUGCUUCUGCAAAUAGCACAGCAUGUACAGCAGUUUUUACAUGCACACAACAAGCCCCCAGCCAAAUCCUUCUACGAGGAGAUGAUGAUGAACAAGAGGAAGCAGGAGGAACAGAAAGAGGAAGAGCAGAGGAAAGAACUGGAGAAGCUGAGGAGGAAAGAGGAAAAGGAGUUACAAACACUUGAGAUAGAAAUUCAGAGGAGGAAAGAAGCUUUAAAAGAAGAGAAUAAGAAGAGAAAAGAGGAAACAAAACAAGUUGAGGAGAGGCCUCUCUCUGUCCCUUCCUCCCCUUCAUCAGAUUCUGUGCCAAAUAUUUCCCCUGUGGGAACCCCAGGAAAGAUCACUCGACCUCAGAACUCUGUGUCCCCUUCCCCACUUAUUGUUCAUGCCAACAAUGAAAUGAAGGACAGCAAACCAAGGAGACAAAGGAGGACAAGUACACCCUGCAGACAAUCCCCUGAAGAUCAUGUUUGUCAGGAUCACACUGGGGGCAUUGUUGUCCUGGCAUUUAACACCAAGGGGGAGAGAACUGUACACAGGGGCACCUGUCUCGGGCAUGGAUCUUCUGGAAAUACAGUGUAUGUUGGAAUUGAUACAACAUCCGGUGAACUUGUAACAAUAUCUGAGUGGGUUUUAAAAUGGCGACAUUAUGGCCGAAAGAAACUUCUGAGGAAGGAAGAUGAAGAUGAAGACAAAGAGGGGGCAGCUUGUCUCAAACAGGUGAACAGUAUUGAACAAGAAUUAUUAUCCCUGAUCCGCUUACACCAUCCCAACCUUGUUCAUUAUCUCGCCAUCAAAUACCAGCAAGAUCCAGGGAAAAUCACAGUCUUUUUGUUGAUGGAGUACUGUAGUGGAAGCAGUUUGUCUGUCAACAUCCGGAGAAAACGGCCAGUCCAUGUCGCUCAUCUGAGGCAUUACACAGAGGAAAUCCUAGAGGCACUAGCAUGUCUACACAACAAAGAUGUGGUGCAUAAAAGUCUCAGGGCUUCCAGUAUCUUUUUGGAUGCCACAGGCAGAAUCCGAGUUGCCGACUACAGUAUUGAAAGAAGGUUAUCAGAUUUAUUUUACUCUCUGGAGCAGUCCAGACCAGGUGUCCACUUUGAUGACCAUAGACCUGUCCAGGGCCGAGCCACUAAGAAGGGUGACGUCUACAGUCUGGGUCUAGUUUUGCUGUCACUUGCGCUUGGAGAAGAUAUAGACGGAUCAGACCUAGAAAUACCUUCUCACUUUCCAGCAUCUUUCCAGGACUUCUUAAACAAAUGUCUAAUUAAGGAUGACAAGACUCGCUGGUCUGUCCACCAGUUACUAGACCACAGCUUUAUCAAAACAGCACUUCCUAUCAGCUUGCCUAUUUCCAAACCCGAGACACAGCAAGAGGUCCAUUCACAAGAUGAUUCUUCUGAUGAGGAGCAACCUUUGAUCACGCCAUACGAGGCCAGUGGGCAAUCUCGUCUGACAAAUGAGUUUGAGAUUCUCAAGUCCCUAGGCAAGGGAGGAUUUGGUGAUGUCAUCAAGGUCAGAAAUAAACUGGACAGAAGGUUUUAUGCCAUCAAAAGAAUUCCAUUAAACCCAAAGAGUAAACAGUUCAAUAAGAAAAUUACAAGAGAAGUCAAACUGUUGUCAAGGCUGAACCAUGAGAAUGUAGUCAGGUACUUUAAUUCCUGGAUUGAGGUUAGCGAUGACCCUGCCCACAGUGAGAGUUCCAGUUCAAACAGCACCACACCUAGAUCCACCCCGAAAACCCCCGACAAAGUCCACAACAGCCUAGACCUGACGGAUAAUGCCGAGAGGCUGGCUCCAGAGACCGUGGAGGAAUCGGUCGAGUGGAGCAGGUCAUACUCUGCGAUCAUCAAUCCAGGAUGGGACUCAGAGGAGGAUGAAGAAGACGAAGCUGACGUUUUCGGGACGUCCUUCCUGAGGCUAACAGAUAUGUCAGAAGAUGUGGUGUUCAUACAAAGUCUGGAUAAUGAGGACUUAUCAGGGGAUCAGGUUGAUGGAGAGAACAAAAAUGAGAAGGAAGGAGAUGAAUCUGCUCUCAACCCUAAACUUCAUUAUCUUUACAUUCAGAUGGAGUACUGUGAAAAGAGUACGCUGAGGAAUUGUAUAGACGCCAGUCUGUACCAGGACAUGAAUCGUGUGUGGAGACUUUUCAGGGAGAUUAUCGAAGGAUUGACUCACAUCCAUGAACAAGGAAUGAUACACAGGGACCUAAAGCCUGUCAACAUAUUCUUGGACUCCAACGACCAAGUGAAAAUUGGAGACUUUGGUCUUGCAACUACCAGUAUUAUUAACAAGAGUAACAUUCUAGAUGUGAAGAUGUUGACCUUGAGUGCUACUGAGGAGACAAUGGAAUCUUACUCAGAAACCACAGGGGAUGGGAGUCUGACGGGAAAAGUGGGUACCGCCCUCUAUGUCAGUCCCGAGAUGAUGACUGGGGCCAGUAAAAUCGUGUACAGUCAGAAAGUAGAUUUGUACAGCUUAGGGAUAAUCUUCUUUGAAAUGUGCUACAAGCCACUGGCCACAGGAAUGGAGAGAGUGAAGAUCCUGGGGAACCUAAGGCUGCCAGAAAUCAAGUUCCCUGAAGACUUUAAUCAGUAUGAAUUGCAGAAUCAAACCCACAUAAUUAAGUGGCUGUUGAACCAUGACCCUACAAAGAGAGCCUCCACAAAAGAGCUAUUACAGUCAGAAUACCUACCCCCUCCACAAAUGGAGGAAGAGGAACUAGAUGAAAUCCUUAGAUCCACCAUUGCUGAUCCUCUCAGUAAAGCUUACAGACACAUGCUGACAGCCCUGUUCUCCCAGACUGUCAAUGCUGCUGAUGAUCUGCUGUUUGAUAGUGAAUUUUUCAAGAGUAAAUUCACAAUCAACAUCUCACUGGUUCAAGAGUCAGUCCAGGAAACACUGGUGAGGAUCUUCCAGCAUCAUGGAGCAGUGAAGGUGACCACACCCCUCCUGAUGCCCAAGUGUGACUUGUAUGCAAAAUCUGAUCAAUACACACGAUUUAUGGACCAUUGUGGUCACCUUGUAUCACUGCCAUUUGAUCUCAGGAUUCCGUUUGUCAGAUAUGUUGCUCGUCACAAUUGCAGUAAUGUCAAGAGGUACUGUAUAGAGAGAGUUUUCAGGGAGAAAAAAGUCUACGGUCAGCAUCCAAGGGAGCUAACUGAAUGUGUCUUUGAUAUAGUUACCCCAAACCUGGGCAGUCUUAUCCCUGAUGCUGAAGUGGUGCUGCUUGUUCAAGAAAUUAUUUCUGAAUUUCCAGUUUUACAGCAAAGGAACUACUACAUAAAAGUCAACCAUGUGAUGAUACUACAUGCCAUUUUACAACAUUGUGGUGUACCAGGGGACCAGUUUACUGAUGUUCUUCACAUACUCUCAGGGGUCAAGAUGCUCAGUCAUCAUAAGAACAUAUCUAAACCUCUUACCUCCCUGGGGCUGAAUGACCAGACAGUGUCCUCACUGCUGGGAAUUUUAGAAAUGGAGGGAAACUAUGGAAAAGUGGCCAGUUACUUAAGAUGUAUAACCAAAACCAGAGGGGAGGCUGCAACAAAAGCCAAGCAAGGCCUGCAUGAGUUGGAGAUUAUCCUGAGUAAUCUGCAGACGCUAGGCCUUAAACUUCCUGUAAUUAUGUCUCUGGGAUUUGUUUACAAUACACACCAGUUCUCAGGAAUGAUAUUCCAAGUAAUGGUGGACAGCAAAAUGAAAAAGCACCACUCUCCAGAUAUUCUGGCAGCGGGUGGUCGCUAUGACAACUUGAUCAAACAGUUUUAUUCUCCUCUCUCCCAGCCUGUAUCGGAGACCUCUGUACAUGGAGUUGGGGUCAGCAUUGCGUUUGAAAAGAUUGUUAUAGCAGUACUGGAAUCUAGAGAGAUGAAUCCUCCAAGCGCCUAUGACAUUUUGGUAUGUACUACUUUUGGACACAAACCAAUGCUGAAAGAGAGGAUGACAAUUGUUCGAGAUCUGUGGGCAGCGGGACUCCGGGCAGAAAUCUACUUAGACAGCAUGCAGGCACAGGAAGACAUACAGGAGUUCUGUCGCAGUAAUGGAGUAUCGUUUAUGGUCACCUUGCAGGAGGGAGAUACUACAAUCAAGGUGAGAUCAAUAGAAAAAGACAAAAUUACAGAGAAGAAACUGACAACAAAUAGUCAAGUGGUAGAUUUCCUACAGCAGAAGUUACAGGCAUCAUCUAAACAGGAGCAGUCAGAUCCAAACCAGGGGACACCUUGUAAGAGUAUAGCAGUUGUAAAUUCUUCUGAUGCCAACACAUCAAACUACAGCAGCAACAUGCUCAUCAACUUCAACUUUGUUAUUGAGAAUGGUAAAAUGGCCACAAAAUCCAGAUAUAAAUACGAAUCUCAGAUAUUUGCCAAAGUGAGUUCUUCCAUGUCUUGGUUGCCAAAGAAAUCCAUAGAUGUAAUUGCUAUGGAGCUGACUGCACCAGUGCUCAAGUGUAUUGUGGCAUUCUUAGAGGUGAAUGGCACAGAACAGGAGUUUGAGGACAGCAUAGGACUGGUGAUAGAAAAGCAACAGAGAUACCGGAAAUACAUUCAUAAGAUAUGUGACCAGAUUUUUCAACUGAAAUUUGAAAGAAGGUGCAAUUACAUUGUAUUGUAUGGACUGAAGGAUGACAGUAUUAAACUACUUACCUGAAUUCUUAAUUUGAGAUUACCCUCAGAAUAUAUAUAUAUAUA